AUGUUACGGGAUUUCUCGAUUUGCCAUGACGAUUUCUCUUUGAAACCUCCUGACGGUAUUCUAAAGGACCACACUUUUACUUGGCUCGGAUUUGUUCAAUAUCUACAUGUCACAACAGGGCUGCCACACCAUGGCAAAUCUCCACGGGUCGUACUCAUCCACAAGCAAUUUGCUUUAGGCCCAGCUGCGGACAUGACACGUCUUCCUAAGAACUAUAAACUUGGUAAUAUAAUGUUUGGUAAUUACGAGCGUGACGAAGAAGACUGUGGUUUGACAUUGGCUCAAACUAAAAUGGGGGCGAAGUGUCCUCGUUCAUAUUUGGAGAUACCACUCAUUGAUAUUACACCGCAUCCUGAGUUCUCCAGAUUUGGGGUUGGAAAUAGUUUGGCACUUAUAAAACUUCUUAGACCUGUUAAAUCACAUUAUAUGAUCCCAGUUUGCUUACCAGCCAUCGGCGAACGACAACGGAAACGACGGAACAAGUUCGUCUUCAUGGUAGACUACAUAAGUUCUGUACCUAGAGAUUUUGAUACCGAAAAGAUGGCGAAGAGAUCUCUGAAAAUGUUUACUCACAAGGAAUGUAAGAAACAAAGAAUGCGAAGCAAAUUGGGCAGCGAGGGCGUCACCCAUGUGCUAUGUAGCUCCGGAUGUGGGAUUCGUCCAGGAGCUCCCAUCAUCAGCCACGCCCUUGAAGGCACAUUCCAACUUAUGGGCAUAGCCGUUGGAGGAGCUGCGUGUACCAGGCGAUCGAUGAGGAACAGAAUCAACAAGGAACUACCACUGUUCAUCGACGUAUACCCUUACGUCAACUGGAUUAUCAACUUUAUAUCAGCUCAUAUCUUGCCGCGACCCUACCCUGAAACGUUCAUGAUGGUCGACGGAGGUUCUAGAAUGGGUAUUAACAGAGAAUAUAUGAGAGCAAGAAGAAAGCAACAAUCUGGGUGGCGCGCAAGAACCUUUGUGGUGGGUGACAAUUGCUUCAAAAGCUUAAAAAAGCAAAGCCAGACAGCCUUCUUUUACAACGAAAAUUUUGAAGUCAAUGCUGAUCCACCGGGGAAACUCAAUGUCAUUAUGAAGUUUUCAGCUGGCAUAGAGUGUACAAUAGUAUGUGUCCGCUUGCUCCUGCCAAAUCGUCUGGUAACCCCCAUAGUACACGGAGUAGGGGGGUACAAUAUAACUGUAGUUUUCAGCACGGAAUGGUUCCCGUAUACAUUCUACUUUUCAUUAGGACUUAAUGGUAGGAACACUACACAGAAAGACUUCCUGAAGUGGAUUGGGGAGCGAAAACCUGGAUUUUGGUAAUUUUCAGUAUAGAGUAAGUAACACCAUUAUAUUGAUUAUUGAAGUCAUAAAUUGUUUUAUUAUAUGAA